GCAGCGCGCGAUCUCGGAGUCGCUCUGGGCUGGCGGCGGCGGCGCCGCGGCGCGGGUGGGUGGGAUAGUGGCGGAGCUCCGGGCGCCGGGGCACGGCUGGAGAGCGCUAUGGCGGUGGCUGUGGUGGCGGCUGUGGCGGCGGCAUCCGGUCCCCGCGCCGCGGCGAGGUGAGGGACCGCCUCUUCGCGGCUGAGGAGGCCACAGCUGCCUGCCUGCCUUCCACGCGGGCCUCGGCUCCGGCAUGGCCGGGAUCAUUAAGAAGCAGAUCCUGAAGCACCUGUCCCGGUUCACUAAGAAUCUUUCCCCGGACAAAAUCAAUUUGAGCACCCUGAAAGGGGAGGGUCAACUGACCAACCUGGAGCUGGAUGAAGAGGUUCUGCAGAAUGUGCUGGAGCUGCCCACCUGGUUAGCCAUCACUCGGGUCUACUGCAACAGGGCCUCCAUCCGGAUCCAGUGGACAAAGUUGAAGACACACCCAAUUUGCUUGUGUCUGGAUAAGGUAGAGUUGGAGAUGAAGACGUGUGAGGAGCCUCGGCCCCCCAAUGGACAGUCUCCCAUUGCCCUCGCUUCAGGACAGAGUGAGUAUGGCUUUGCCGAGAAGGUGGUGGAGGGCAUGUUCAUCAUCGUCAAUUCUAUCACCAUCAAGAUUCACUCCAAGGCCUUCCACGCUUCUUUUGAAUUGUGGCAGCUCCAGGGCUAUAGUGUCAACCCCAACUGGCAGCAGAGUGACCUCCGCUUCACCCGCAUCACCGACCCUCACCGAGGAGAGGUUUUAACAUUUAAGGAAAUAACUUGGCAAACACUUCGAAUUGAGGCAGAUGCUACAGACAAUGGUGAUCAGGACCCGGUCACCACUCCACUGAGGCUUAUUACCAACCAAGGCAGGAUCCAAAUAGCCCUCAAGAGAAGAACCAAAGAUUGCAAUGUCAUAGCCUCCAAGCUGAUGUUCCUGUUGGAUGACCUGCUCUGGGUGCUAACUGACUCACAGCUCAAGGCUAUGAUGAAGUAUGCAGAGUCGCUGAGUGAGGCCAUGGAAAAGUCAGCCCAGCAGAGAAAGAGCCUGGCCCCUGAACCUGUACAGAUCACCCCACCUGCUCCCAGUGCCCAGCAGUCUUGGGCCCAGGCGUUUGGUGGCAGCCAGGGCAGCGGCAACAGCAGCAGCAGCCGCCUCAGCCAGUACUUUGAGAAAUUUGAUGUGAAAGAGUCCUCCUACCAUCUGCUCAUCUCCCGCCUGGACCUGCACAUUUGCGAUGAUAGCCAGUCCCGAGAGUCAGGUGUCUCUGCAAACAGACUCAUGGGUGGUGCAAUGCAGCUUACCUUCCGCAAGAUGGCAUUUGACUAUUACCCCUUCCACUGGGCAGGCGAUAGCUGCAAACACUGGGUACGGCACUGUGAGGCCAUGGAGACCCGAGGCCAGUGGGCCCAGAAACUGGUGACGGAAUUUCAGAGUAAAAUGGAGAAGUGGCAUGAGAAGACGGAUCUAAAAUCACCCUGGCACCUGGGAGUAGACUCUCCCUUCCGGAGGAAAGCAGAUUCUUUCUCCAGUCCUCGAAAGAACCCCCUUGAGAGAAGCCCCUCUCAGGGCCAGCAGGCUGCCUUUCGGCCUCCAGCAUGGAAUCGUUUACGCUCUAGCUGCAUGGUAAUACGGGUGGAUGAUUUGGACAUCCACCAGGUUUCUACAGCUGGACAGCCGAGUAAGAAGCCAUCCACACUCCUUUCCUGCAGUCGGAAACUUCACAACCUACCCACGCAGGUCUCUGCCAUUCACAUUGAGUUCACAGAGUAUUACUUCCCAGAUAAUCAGGAGCUUCCAGUUCCCUGUCCCAAUCUCUACAUUCAGUUAAAUGGUCUGAUAUUUACUAUGGAUCCUGUCAGCUUGCUCUGGGGAAACCUCUUCUGCCUGGAUUUAUACCGCAGCUUGGAGCAGUUCAAAGCUAUCUACAAGCUGGAAGAUUCAAGCCAGAAAGAUGAACACUUGGACAUUCGACUGGAUGCCUUCUGGUUGAAGGUGAGCUUCCCACUGGAGAAGAGAGAGAAGGCUGGGUUGCACCGACCCCAGGCCCUUGUCUUCUCUGCGUCAGGCCUGACUGCCACCAAUACACGUUAUGCCCCACAUUGUAGCUGUCCAGACCUCCAAAGUCUCUUCCGGGGUUUUGCGGCUGCUGAGUUCUUUCAUUCCAAUUAUGUUCACUUUCCCAAGGUUCCAGGUGGCUUUAGCCUUCUGCACAUGCUUUUUAUGCAUCAUGCCUUCCAGAUUGAUCCCUGCUUCCUUCAACCGAGUACCCUCCCUCCCCAGAGGCUUAAGGCUUCUCAGGAUCUCUGGUCCAUCCACUUCACCCAGAUCUCCUUGGACUUUGAGGGAACAGAGAACUUCAAAGGCCAUACCUUGAAUUUUGUGGCCCCCUUCCCCUUGUCCAUUUGGGCCUGCCUACCCCUCCGCUGGCAGCAAGCCCAGGCACGGAAACUCCUUUUGGCCAAAGAAGGGAGGCUGAAACCAUCAGCUAGCUUUGGCAGUCCUGUCCAGUCUGAGGCCCUUGCCCCUGACACUGUGUCCCAUCAGAGGUCAAAGACUGAGCAUGAUUUGAAAAGCCUAUCCGGUCCUACGGAAGUCACAGAAACUCCAAGAGAAGGCAGCAGUGGUGUGGACAACAAAGGGCCUCUGACAGAGCCGGAGGAUACAGCAGAUGUUCACAUGCUUGUACACUCCGCUGCACAUAUCCGUGUGAGACUUGACCACUACCAGUACUUGGCUCUACUCCGCCUGAAGGAGGAGCUACAGGGUCUUCAGGAGCAGCUGACUAAGGAUACAGAGGCCAUGACUGGGUCUGCUCUGCAGGACCAGACAGCUUGCAUUGGAGUCCUCUUCCCCGGUGCUGAGGUGGCUCUGCUCAUGCAUCCUGCCCCUGGGGCUGUUGGAGCUGACUCUGCAGGUUCAGAUACCACCAGCCUCAUAGAUUCAGAGCUAUCUCCUUCAGAGGAUAGGGAGCUGAAGUCUGAUGCCUCCUCAGAGCAGGCCCCAGCAAGCCCUGAGAAGGUUCUGGAGGAUAGUGGCCUUGAAAAUCUGGAUGCAUCCCAGGAUAGGCCACUGCUUCUCCAUAGCAACGGAGAAGUGCAGGACUCAGAUUCUCUUGCACAGCGGGAGGUGGGGAAGGGCCAUGAAGCAGUUGAUUCCUUACAGGCCAAGAGACUAAGCAGAGCCCAAGCAUCCAGCUCACCAGCUGCAUUGAGGCCCCCAGGUGGCACGGAUACUGCUGUGAAUGGACAGGGCAAGCUCAUCCCAUUGAAGAACAUUGAGGGAGAAUUGUCAAGUGCUAUUCAUAUGACCAAGGAUGCCACCAAAGAAGCUCUACAUGCCACCAUGGACCUCACCAAGGAAGCUGUGUCCCUGACUAAGGAUGCCUUCAGUCUGGGCAGAGACCGAAUGACUUCCACUAUGCACAAGGUGUUGUCUCUGCCUCCAGCCAAGGAGCCCAUGGCCAAGAUAGAUGAGGGGGUGGUAGCCCCAGUGAGUGGAGGUGCUGCCCGACUCCGAUUUUUCUCCAUGAAGAGGACAGAAUCUCAGCAGUCAUUUGAUGGUGUCUCCCUGGAUAGCAGUGGCCCUGAAGACCGGAUUUCAGUGGACAGUGAUGGCAGUGAUAGCUUUGUGAUGCUCUUGGAGUCUGAGUCUGGUCCAGAAUCUGUUCCACCAGGAUCUCUUCCAAAUGACUUGGACAGUGCUGGUGUUCAGGGGAGCCCUGUUGUGGAUAGUCAUGGCCAGGGGUCACCAGAGGCCAACAGUUUGGUCUCACCCAGUGGAGAAGACCUCAGUCUUCACCCGGUCUCAGUUCUGGUCCUGAAGGUGAACGAGGUGUCUUUUGAGAUUGAGGUAUGUGGCGAGGACCUGACUGUGGCCCUGCAAGCAGAGGAACUGACCCUCCAGCAGCCAGGCACCAUGGGACUCUGGCAGUUCCUGCAUGGACAGUGCCCAGGUCCAAGUUCUCAGGAACCCUCAACUUUGAAGUCUGACCACAUCAGGCCAGCUGUGGGCCUUCGCUUUGAGGUGGGGCCUGGUGCAGCUGUUCAUUCCCCACUGGCCGCACAGAAUGGCUUCCUGCAUUUCUUGGUUCGUGACUGUGAUCUUGAGCUGCUCACUUCGGUGCUGAAUGGCCUGGGGCCCUUCUUGGAGGAUGAGGAGCUCCCGGUGGUCAUUCCCAUGCAGAUUGAGCUCCUGAACUCCAGGAUCACCCUAAAGGAUGAUGUCCCCCCCAUCUAUCCGACGUCUCCAGGCCCUAUCCCCAUCACUCUGGCCGUGGAGCAUGUUGUGCUGAAGCGGAGUGAUGAUGGUGUGUUCCACAUAGGCGCUGUUGCUCAGGACAAACCAUCAGCUGAAGUACCUAAAAGUGAGAAGAGGCAGCCCCCAAAAGAACAAGUGUUUCUGGCGCCCACAGGGGAGGCUUUUGGACAGCAGGUGAAAGAACUGCCUACCCUACAAAAGGAACUUAUAGAAACUAAACAAGCAUUGGCCAUUGCCAACCAGGAUAAAGAAAAACUUCUUCAGGAGAUUAGGAAAUAUAACCCCCUCUUUGAGCUCUGAUAGCAGUGGCUCAGCCAUCUGUGCCAAGGAGAGAGGAGGAGAUCACCAGCAAUAGCACCACCUGUGACAGAAGGCACCGUCCAGUGUUGAAUAAGUCUGCUAAGGAUGCCAGAGGGAGUGGGGAGUGCUCAACUCACUCCUCUCAGUGUUCCUUCUACUAGCUGUUCUAAGUUGGAAGGAAGACAGGGCAAAGCAUCAACAUGUUCCAGGAAGUUGGGGGCAGCUUUGUGCGUGGCUCAAGCAUCACGUCUUGCCUGUAUAAAGCCUUUUGGCCCUCUGCACACUAGGUGGAAUCUUCUUGUUACUGUAGGGCCAUUUCACCGCCUGGUUUCAUGGCAGAGACAUUUGCUUCCUCGACAACCUGUGUGAACAAGGCAAAGUACCCACCUCCCUCAGUCACCCACAGAGCCACCAAAGAUUCUAUGUCCCAGAGCUUCCUGUAGCAGACCUGAAAAGUCCUUGGCCUGAGCUUUGACUGUGGUAGUAGAGUGAAUAAGAAACAGCCAGUAAGGCAGGAGCCAGGAGAGGCACAAGAAUAAGGGAGACCUGGACUCUGCCUUUUUUGGAAGGGAACCAAGCUCAUAUCAUCUUGGCUGAUAUUACAAUCAGAUUUUUCAAGGUUAAGCUUCCUUUCUGUUAUACUUUCAUCAUUGUGAUGCCGUGGUAGAAAGUAAACAACAGUAGUGGCUCAGUUGUAUCAUCUUGCCCUUUAAUAAUGGAAUUUAUUUGAAAUUUAAAUCAAGAAAAAAAUAUUCACUCUGAGCUAGGUUGAAGGCAUGAUGUGGUAGGGAUCAAUAGGGGAACUUGAUUCUGAGCCCCCUAUCGCCCGCCUAGAGACCUUCCUCUCUUCCACAGUUGCACCUCAGAGGUUAUCUCCUAUCUCCCUGGGGUCUCUCGCACAUGUGCUUUCCCAGCACUAUGACUUUCUACCAGCACUCUCUCCUUAGCACUUGGUAGUUUGGAGCUGAAAAUGUGCUUUAAACUGUAACAUAAACAUCUCAACCUGUUGCCUCUCACCCCCCUCUAUCACUGUGGCUUUUUAAAAUCAUGUAAUUUUGACUUAUAAAAGAAAAAAGCAACCACCCUUCAACCUAGCAAGGUUUUGCCCCUGCCCUAUAAAAGAGCUAUUUUCCCCCUUUUCCUUUCCUACCUAAUUCUUCCCCAGCACUCUACUUUCAUCCCUACUGCUCUGUGAUAUACUUCAAGUUGUGUUGUUUGGACAGAAAUUCAUCGGUUAACUCACCUUGAAUUGGCAAGAUGGUAAAAUAGUAAUUUAGUAGUGUUGCUAAAGUCUUAAUUACACAUGAACUAUUGAAGGAAAGAUAAAAUGAUUUCCUUUAUGGGAAAUCAUGCCUGACUUGUAUAUUCUAUUUUUUUGAGGAUAAAAAGAAACAUGCA